GGAGUCACCUUCGAAAAGCCAUGGAUUCGCACACGUUCAAAUGUUUUUUACCAUAUAUGCUCCGCCGGUCGCCGUGACCCCGCGAUCUAGAAAAAAAACCGGCACCCUGUAGAAAAAGUGCGGGUCAGUGCAAGAAAAAACGAAUUUUCACCGCAAUUUUGCCUUACAAAUGCCUUAUUUUUCUUUGUCAACGACGCUUCGAGCUGUGGUAUUUUUCGACUGUAAAUAGUUAGGCCGUUUUAGCGUUAGCUUUAUGUUGAGUGGGCUGGAAAUUUUUCGUUUGUUUUUCGGUGUCGGCUUCAGUGACAAUGCCUUGCUUUUUUGGAAAUGUUUUAUAAGUUUUCGCUGAUAUGCCAGUGAGAAGAGGACUGAUAGCCCCACGUACUACACUGAUCGAAACAAUAAUAAAAAAAUUUGAUACUGACAAUCGUUCAUUCUUAGUGGCGAACAGCCGCGAAGGACAAUGCCACAUCAUUUAUUGCUCGGACGGCUUUUGCCGCUUGACCGGCUAUUCCAGGGCCGACGUGAUGCAGAGGCACGCCUCCUGCGAAUUCCUCUGCGGGCCACUCACGUCCCAGCAGGCCGUCGCCAGUUUGAGGGACGCUCUGCACGACGCCGUCGAAAAGCAUGCAGAGAUACUUUACUAUCGAAAAGACGUCGGCAGAGCAAGGGCAUCCUUCAGACAAAGUUUGAGGUUCGGCUCCAACAUCAGAGGAAGAGGGCUACGUCUGGCUGGCUAUCUCACUCCUCCCAGUGACGUCACCGCUGCGGAGGAGGAGGAAGACAGACUAGAACAAUGCCUUCGAGCCCGCGUGGGCGCGAUGCCCGCCCCCGGACCCGCGCUGUCGCCCCACGCCCGCUCCGCUGCCUGCGCCUGCGCGCGAGUACACAGCGCUGACGAUCUCGCGCAGUGCCCCCGCCAGCCACCAGGCGUCGUUCGAGAGGGACACCACAUCUCUCAGACCAGUGUAUCACAUGCCACGAGCUUAGAUGCCAUAGCUAGGAGGCAAUGCUUCAAAUCUGGCUUCCCAACAGUCAGUCUUUCAAAUAAACCGCAGCUGAGCAAACAAUUCCACAACGUUUCGUCGGAGAGCGAUCUUCAGAGAUUUCGGACGGCUCAGCAAUCGAAUGACAGGAGAAGCCCGAGUCUGUCCAAUCAGACGGAUUCGAUGAAGCAAAAGGUCUGUCCCCAAUUUUCCUUUCAAGAUAAUGGAUCGGCUAAAUUUUUCCAGAGCGGCAUACAUACGCCAAAGAUGGGGGAAAAAGUUGCACAGAGUAAUAUGAAUCACAUCAACCCCGAGAACAUCAACAUAAUCAAAAAAAUCAUCGAGGAUUUCGAGAACACUGACACCGCCAAAACUAAACACAAACACAAACGUAGCAAAACUAAGAAAAUCAGCAGCAGCGACUCGUUUAUCCACAAGUACAAAAAAUCACAGAUCUCGCCAAAAACGACCUACUCUUUAGACGAGAAAAAGAACAAAACGAAGCCGUCCGAAAGCUUGGAGGAUUUUUUGAAAAACGAAAAUGACGUGUACAUAAAUUUUUUCGAACACUGUGAUAUAGAAAACGCUGACGCUAACGCCAUCUGGAAGUUCAAAAAUAAACAAAGUGUUCUAGAGAACAGUAUAAGUGCCAAAAGUGAAGGAUGUGUGGAUGAGUUCAGAAAUUUGCAGGAUUCUCGAAUCCUUCGAGAAAGAGUCAACAGAAAUGUCAAAGAGGUCAAUAUACGCGACCAAAUCACCCUGUAUCCUUCAGGGGAUGCGCGAUUCGCCCCCAUUUUCAUCCCUUCGAGGUCCAGAGCGGGCCACAGGAGACAGUCAGAGUUCGACUCCAGCGAUGGCAGUCGCAUCCCUUGUCCUCCCCGUUGUUGCCAAAAAGGCCCCACUGUGUAA